GGCGCGUGUGGUGGGUGCGCCGGGUGGCCCGUGCACGGGCGACCACACACGAACUCCGCACGAAACAGACACGUCCCGGGGCGUCGACGUCGCCUGCAGCCCAUGCACGCACUCAAAUGUCCCUGGGGAGGCAAGCCACCUAGGUACUUGAUGUAUCCGGUUCUUCCUGACACCCUGCUCACCUGACCUCGCGUCCGUAGGGGCUGGUAGUCGACUAAUCUCCUGAACGUCCCCGUCCUGUCCCGUCCUGUCCCGUCCUGUCCACGGGUCGACAUCGCCAGCCACGGUCGCGCAUUUCAGCCUCGUGAGCUGAACUCCCUCGGCCUCUGAUCGAGAACAAUCCAUUGUCGCAGUGUCAAUGGCCCUCUGAUGCUCGCCCAUCUCGUUCCUCUCACGCCCAUGUCCAUGCCACGCCCGUCCUCGCAUCAGCAUCACCUCCCCCCUUCGCAAUAGUCCGCCAGCCUCGCCGUCAGCGGCCCUUGCCCUCAGCCUGUCCGCCCCCGCCUCCGCCGCCUACCACCAGCCCACCACCAAGCACAAAGAAGCCUGCAGACCCCUUGCCACCCACCAUGGACGACGACCCUUUCCCCCAGAUCUAUUCUUCCGUCUACUCCGGCGUCGAGGUCUACGAGAUGGAGGUCAACAACGUCGCCGUCAUGCGCCGCCGCCACGACAGCUGUCUCAAUGCCACCCAGAUCCUCAAGGUCGCCGGCCUGGACAAGGGGAAACGCACAAAGAUCCUCGAGAAGGAGAUCCAGACCGGCGAGCACGAGAAGGUCCAGGGCGGCUACGGAAAAUACCAGGGCACUUGGAUAUCUUAUGAACGGGGCGUCCAGGUCUGCCGCCAGUAUGGGGUCGAAGACCUCCUCCGCCCCCUGCUGACAUACGAUAUGGGCCAGGACGGCAAUGCUGCGGGCCGUGGCGACCUCAACACCCCCACCAAGGAGCAGGCCAUGGCUGCCCAGCGGAAGAGGCUCUACAGUCAGCCCAUGAGCAACAGGUCCAACAGCAUGUCUGGCACCUUUUUCAAGAACAUAUCCUCCACCGCCUCCAACGCCGUUGCCGCCAUCAGCAAGGCCAGGCUAGACUCACCGGCGCCCAGGGGCCGCGGCGGCCUGUCAAGGGCCCCCAGCUUCAACCGCCAGCCCUCUGCCUCGAUGCAGAGCGUCGACGACUUCCCUGCCAACUCGCAGCAGAGCUUCGCCUCCGACCACGCCCGGAACGGCGACUCUGCCUACCCUGCACAACGCAGCAGCGCGCAGCCGACGGGCGUCGACGGGGCCGAGCCUCCCAGGAAGAGACCGAGGGUCGCGGUGACGCCGGCAGAUAGCUUCGGCCACCUGCAGUCCCAGUCGCAAUCCCAGUCGCAAUCCCACUCUCAACCACAGAGCAUGUAUAUGAGUGCCGACAACUUCCCGGGCUCCCCCACCGAGCCAAACGAAUCCUUCAUCUACUCCCAGCACGGUCUGAACCUGCAUCAGGUCGAGGACCACGACGGUGUUUCCCCCCUGCCACCCCUGCCCUACGACGAGUCUGUGGAUGCCGAGGCCACACGCAAGACACUACUGACUCUCUUCGCGGAGCCCGCCGAUCCCGAUGCUUUCGAAGAGUUGCGGUCCUUGACACCCCUGGAGCUGGACAUGCCCAUCGACAGCCAGCAGCACACCGCCUUGCACUGGGCCGCCACGCUGUCGCGCAUGAGCAUCGUCCAGGCAUUGAUCAGGCAUGGGGCCAACCCCUUCCGGGUGAACUCGGAGGGGCAGACCGCCCUCAUGCGCGCCGUCAUCGUCACAAACUCUCACGACAACUUUUCCUUCCCCGAGCUGCUUGAUCUCCUUGGCCACACCCUUGAGGUGGCAGACAACAAGGGUCGCACGGUACUGCAUCACGUUGUCGUCACGAGCGCCAUCGAGCGCCGCCACGCCACGAGCAAGUACUACCUCGACUGUCUGCUUGAGUGGGUUGUUCGCCAGGGUAGCGCCCCGAGCAGUCAGGACCACGCCGCGAACCCCACCGGCCCACACCAGUCAGGUAGCGCCCACAAGAUAGGGCUGGGCCGAUUCAUGAUCGAGGUCGUUAAUGCCCAGGACAAGGCCGGCGACACAGCAUUAAACCUGGCCGCUCGGAUAUCGAACCGGAGCAUCAUCUCACAGCUCCUCGAGGUGCAUGCCGACCCUUCAAUACCAAAUCGUGUCGGCCUGAGGCCGGUAGAUUUCGGCAUCGGCGAACUGCCCGAUGCGGAUCGGGAUGUCGAGGACGUGGCAAAGAACGAUGUAGCCGUCAGCACGCAGAGGAGCAAAGAGAGUAGCGAUGAUAUCGUCGCCUCUAUGAAGGACCUGUUGGGAGAGACGGCCGCGAUUGCGCAGGAAGAGCUCAAGGCAAAGCAGGAGACCCUCGACGAGCUCCAGACGGCGCUGAGGGCGAACUCGUCAAGGCUUGCCGAGACGCGGCGGAACCUCGAGGUCGUCAAGGAGAAGGCAAAACAGCAGCAGGUCAACAGGCAACAGGUUGCGAACCUCUCCCGCGAGCUUGAGAGCCUACAAUACCGCAUGGGUCACAUGGAUAAUGAGCAGGCCGCAUCACAGAGCAACUCUGCCGCAGCCUGGGAGGACGAGCUCGAAAGGGCGCUAAACUCGGCCGAGCACCAGCCCGCAUUGCCGGAUGCUGGUAUCCUCCGAGCCCGUCUAAAAGCAACGACUGAUAUCCUGAACACGAUGAAAGACAAGGUGUCGAACCUGAAAGGAACGAGCCGGGAUAUCGAGUACAAGUAUAGGCGCCUGGUUGCCCUGGCGGCCAACUGCCCUGAGAGCCAGGUUGACGAUUUAUUAGAGGGGUUAGUGCGGGCUGUGGAGAGUGAGAAGGGAGAGUUGGAGAUUGGUCGCGUGCGGAAGUUCCUGGGCGGCGUGGGCGGACCAUAGCUUGCUCCGCCCUCCGGGGUUGAGAUGCAAUACACGCCCCGCAGUACAUGAUGCCCGGUUUGUACAGCGGGAAUAGUUCGACAUCUGUGCUCCGAGGUUGGUCAUUACAUACGGUCUGGUUGUAGCCAAUUGUCAGAGUAUGAUUGGGCCUCUCUGUUUUGUUAUUCGGUCUGGGGGAAAUGGGGCGGCGCGAGGGGGGUGCAAUUUUGCAUGAUACCAUCAACCGCCUUUUAGUCGGUCUCUUAGUUUUUCUGUUCGCUAGUCAUCAUCAAAACUUGGCUGUUUAUGGCGUGGACGUGCCAAAUCAAGUCAAUGGAUUCAAGUGCAGCAAGAGUCAAAUAAUCAUCACAC